CCUCCUGCAUUUGAAUCGGAAGCAAAAAUUUAUUGACAUAAAAAGUUGUAGGAUGUUAUUGAUGUUUAGGGCGCUUCUUCUGUUGAUGCUUGUGGUUGUGCUGCUUGCGGAAGAGCAGUAUGUUGAUUUUUAUUCCGGUUACGAUGAUUAUGUUGUUGCUCAUGAUGUGGGAAAUUACGGACUAUGUAAAGAGGAUUUGUGGCAUUCCACUAAGGUUGGAGAUGAAGUAUGUAUGAAAGAGCUGGGUUGCUUCAAGUUAACGAACGACUAUUACCAUCCACAAUAUCGACCCUGCAAUGUCCUCCCAGAGCCUCGCAGCCUGAUUCAUACCCGCUUCAUUCUGUUCACGAGAAGAGAUCUAAGCAGAGGAAAAUUUUUGAUAGCGGACGAUGAAAAGACCAUCAGAGAAUCUGGUUUCAAUGCCAACCAUUCAACGAAAUUCAUCGUUCACGGAUACGAAGAAAAUCCCUUGCACGAUAAGUGGGUUUUGGUAUUAAUGAAAGAGUUCUUAGCUUAUAACGAGACCAAUGUCAUUAUCGUCGACUGGAACAGAGGUAGUCAAGCUCCUUACAUUCAAGCCGUGGCCAAUGCUAGAGUUGUUGGAGCUGAAAUUGCAAGAAUGACCAAUGCUCUCAAGAAAUUUGGAAAUUUGACGACAAAUAUGAUGCACAUUAUUGGCCAUGGUUUAGGAGCUCAUGUGGCCGGUUACGCUGGUCAAAGCAUUUUGCCUAUGGUAUCCAGAAUAACAGGUUUGGAUCCAGCUUACAAAUUUUUUUGUAACCUGCCAGACAAUGUCCGACUAGACAAAGCUGAUGCCGAGUUUGUAGAUGUUAUUCAUUCCGAGCUGAAGGAUUAUGACUCAGGACAUGGUACCUGUCACAAACUUGGACAUUUGGAUUUUUACCCAGAUGAUCAAACAGUAACAGCUCAUCUACAUUAUGAAGUGACGAGUGAUCACCAAAGAGCGGCUGCCAUGUUCAUCUCGAGUAUCCGCAACGGGUCUUGUCUGAUGAUAGGUUACUAUUGUCGUAGUUACAAAGCUUUCCUCAGAGGCGAGUGUGCCGACUGUGGCACCGAUGGAUCGCGCUGUGCCCCAGUUGGAUAUCACUCAGACCGAUAUAUACCAUUUAAAGAUUCCAACUUUUCAACUAUGUAUCUGGUGAGCGGAAGUUAUCCUAGCAUUUGCCUUUAUGAAUAUCGCCUUCAAAUGCUUUUGCAGAACAAAGAUUCGAAUCUCGAAAAUCAUUCAAAAACUGGGAACCUUCUCCUGCUGCUAAGGGGGGACAAAAAACCUCUGUUUCUUCAUCUUCGAUUCUACAGUAUGAACAAUGGGCAGGAAUAUACAUUCCUUGUCACUUCCUCUGUGGAUAUUGGUAUCGUUCGCAACGUCACCACCCGUUGGGAGAACCAGGGCCACUACCACGAGCAGUUCUCCUCUGGACAAACGAUUUGGCACUAUCAAGAUAGGAAUGUGAGCAUCGAGAGGAUAAAUGUUACUCAACUGAAUUUCCAGCCAGAAGAAAUGAGAGGGCCAACACAACUAUCCUUCUGCAAAAGUGAUGCGCAAAACGAACCUGGAUGGAAUAUAUUUUUACCCGCCACUUGCAGAUAAAUGUUUUUGCACCACAAAUAGGAACUGCAAAUGAAGUGGGAAAUCAUUUCUUAGUUGCCAAGAUCUGGACUAGUCUUGACAUUAAUGACUGAGAGAGCAAGCGAGUACAUAAAAAUAGUUGUUGCAACUGCUCUCA